CGCUGCUACCGCUACAGCCGCCGAAGGGAAAAUGCUGAGCUCGCCCGGGCCGGGUGGGCGGCGGCGGCGAGGGCGGCGACGGGAACCCGCUUCCCGGGCGCGGCGGCGGCGGUCAUGGCCCGGUUGGCCGACUACUUCAUUGUGGUAGGCUACGACCACGAGAAGCCAGGGCCAGGAGAAGGUCUGGGGAAAAUAAUUCAGAGAUUCCCACAGCAGGACUGGGAUGACACACCCUUUCCACAGGGAAUUGAAUUGUUUUGUCAACCUGGUGGAUGGCACCUGUCCAGAGAACGGAAACAGCCAACAUUCUUUGUGGUAGUCCUAACAGAUAUUGACUCGGAUCGACAUUACUGCUCAUGCCUAACCUUCUAUGAGGCAGAGAUCAAUCUCCAGGGAACGAAGAAGGAAGAGAUUGAGGGUGAAGAAGUAUCUGGUUUAAUUCAACCUGCAGAAGUAUUUGCACCCAAAAGCCUGGUGUUGGUAUCCAGAUUAGACUAUCCAGAAAUCUUUAGGGCUUGCCUGGGUCUGAUCUAUACUGUGUACGUGGACAGCCUGAGUGUCUCCUUGGAAAGCCUCAUCGCAAAUCUUUGUGCUUGCCUUGUUCCAGCUGCUGGAGGGUCUCAGAAGCUGUUUUCCUUGGGUGCAGGAGACAGACAACUGAUUCAGACUCCUUUGCAUGACAGCCUUCCUGUUACAGGCACUAGUGUGGCUCUUUUAUUUCAGCAAUUAGGCAUUCAAAACGUCCUCAACCUCUUUUGUGCAGUCCUUACAGAAAAUAAGGUUCUCUUCCAUUCAGCAAGUUUCCAGAGACUUAGUGAUGCCUGCAGAGCCCUGGAAUCUUUAAUGUUUCCUCUUAAAUACAGUUACCCUUAUAUUCCCAUUCUUCCGGCUCAGCUCCUAGAAGUUUUGAGUUCUCCAACUCCUUUCAUUAUUGGCGUACACUCCAUCUUUAAAACUGACGUCCACGAGCUCUUAGAUGUAAUCAUAGCAGAUUUGGAUGGAGGCACUAUUAAAAUUCCUGAAUGCAUUCACCUCUCUUCCCUCCCGGAACCACUUCUUCAUCAAACUCAAGCAGCACUUUCUCUGAUUUUGCACCCGGAUUUGGAAGUAGCAGAUCAUGCCUUCCCUCCUCCACGAACGGCUUUAUCCCACUCAAAAAUGCUGGAUAAAGAAGUUCGAGCAGUUUUUCUUAGACUAUUUGCACAACUGUUCCAAGGGUACAGGUCAUGCCUCCAGCUUAUACGGAUCCAUGCCGAGCCUGUGAUACAUUUUCACAAAACAGCUUUCUUGGGGCAGCGUGGUUUGGUUGAGAAUGAUUUCCUCACUAAAGUACUCAAUGGAAUGGCAUUUGCAGGUUUUGUUUCAGAAAGAGGACCUCCCUAUAGAGCCUGUGAUCUCUUUGAUGAGUUGGUAGCUUUUGAAGUAGAGAGAAUUAAAGUUGAAGAAAAUAAUCCACUGAAGAUGAUAAAGCACAUCAGAGAACUUGCUGAGCAACUCUUCAAAAAUGAGAAUCCAAACCCUCAUAUGGCAUUCCAGAAAGUUCCACGUCCAACAGAAGGAUCCCACUUGAGAGUUCAUAUUCUUCCUUUCCCAAAGAUUAAUGAAGCCCGAGUUCAAGAACUAAUACAGGAAAAUCUUGCUAAGAACCAGAAUGCAACUCCUGCUACACGAAUAGAAAAGAAAUGCAUAGUGCCAGCAGGGCCACCUGUUGUUUCAAUAAUGGAUAAAGUGAUAACAGUUUUUAACAGUGCACAGAGACUGGAAGUUGUUAGAAACUGCAUAUCAUUCAUAUUUGAAAAUAAAACUUUGGAGACUGAGAAGACUCUUCCCGCUGCCUUGAGGGCCCUUAAAGGAAAAGCAGCAAGACAGUGUCUCACUGAUGAACUGGGUUUGCAUGUUCAGCAGAACCGGGCAAUAUUGGACCAUCAACAGUUUGACUACAUAAUAAGGAUGAUGAAUUGUACUCUGCAGGAUUGUUCAAGUUUGGAGGAGUAUAACAUCGCUGCAGCAUUGCUCCCCCUGACCAGUGCUUUCUAUAGGAGACUCGCCCCGGGAGUCAGCCAGUUUGCCUACACGUGUGUGCAGGACCACCCCAUCUGGACUAAUCAGCAGUUUUGGGAGACAACGUUUUACAGUGCAGUGCAGGAGCAGGUUCGCUCCCUGUACCUCUCAGCGAAGGAAGACAAUCACACCCCACAUCAGAAGCAGAAGCUUCCCGAUGGCCAAUAUCAGGAGAGGACAGCCAUGGACUUGGCAGCCGAGCAGCUUCGCCUUUGGCCUACUCUGAGCAAGGCAACUCAGCAGGAGCUGGUGCAGCACGAGGAAAGCACUGUCUUCAGUCAGGCCAUUCACUUUGCAAACCUCAUGGUUAACCUGCUAGUUCCACUAGACACAAGUAAAAACAAGCUCCUUCGAGCCUCAGCUCCAGGAGACUGGGAGAGUGGGAGCAACAGCAUUGUCACAAACAGUAUUGCAGGAAGUGUGGCUGAGAGCUUUGAUACGGAGAGUGGAUUUGAAGAUUCGGAAAACAAUGAUGUGGCCAACUCUGUUGUAAGGUUCAUUGCCCGGUUUAUUGACAAGGUUUGUACAGAGAGUGGAGUGACUCAGGACCACAUCAGGAGUCUCCACUGCAUGAUACCAGGAAUUGUAGCUAUGCACAUUGAGACCCUAGAGGCAGUACAUCGAGAGAGUAGAAGACUUCCACCCAUCCAGAAGCCCAAGAUUCUUCGGCCAGCUCUACUGCCAGGAGAAGAAAUUGUAUGCGAAGGUCUUCGAGUCCUACUAGAUCCUGAUGGGGAAGAAGCCACUGGAGGUCUCCGAGGUCCUCAGCUCUUGCCUGCAGAAGGCUUGUUCCUCACCACAUACAGAAUUCUCUUCAGAGGGACGCCACAUGACCAGCUAGUUGGUGAACAGACAGUCGUGCGGAGCUUUCCCAUUGCUUCCAUCACCAAGGAGAAGAAGAUAACCAUGCAGAACCAGCUACAGCAGAACAUGCAAGAAGGGUUGCAGAUUACAUCAGCAUCUUUCCAGUUGAUUAAAGUAGCAUUUGAUGAAGAAGUCAGCCCAGAAGUGGUAGACAUCUUUAAGAAACAGCUAAUGAAGUUCCGUUACCCUCAGUCCAUUUUCAGCACCUUCGCUUUUGCUGCUGGACAAACUACCCCACAAAUCAUUUUACCCAAGCAGAAGGAAAAGAACACCUCCUUCCGAACUUUCUCAAAAACAAUUGUGAAAGGUGCCAAGAAGGCAGGAAAAAUGACAAUUGGGAGGCAGUAUUUAUUAAAGAAGAGAACAGGAACAAUUGUGGAAGAGAGGGUAAAUCGUCCAGGGUGGAAUGAAGAAGAUGAUAUUUCUGUUUCAGAUGAUUGUGAACUCCCCACAAGUACAACUCUGAAGGCCUCAGAGAAAUCUACAAUGGAACAGUUGGUGGAAAAGGCAUGUUUCAGAGAUUAUCAGCGGUUAGGUUUGGGAACCAUAAGUGGCAGCUCCUCCCGUUCAAAACCAGAGUAUUUCCGAGUCACUGCCUCCAACAGGCUAUAUUCGCUGUGCCGGAGCUAUCCUGGCCUUUUAGUCAUACCUCAAGCUGUACAAGACAGUAGUUUACCAAGAGUAGCCCGCUGCUAUCGACACAAUCGCCUGCCCGUCGUAUGUUGGAAGAACUCAAGAAGUGGUACUCUGCUCCUCCGAUCUGGAGGAUUCCAUGGGAAGGGAGUUGUUGGUCUGUUCAAAUCACAGAACUCCCCUCAGGCCGUUUCUACCUCCUCUUUAGAAUCUUCCAGUAGCAUAGAGCAAGAAAAGUACUUGCAAGCCCUAUUGACUGCAGUUAUUGUCCAUCAGAAACUCAGAGGCAACAGUACUCUUACUGUCAGGCCAACACUUGCUCUGUCCCCAGUGCAUGGGUACAGAGACAAAUGUUUUACUCAGUCAAAUCCCAAAUCUUCAGCUAAGGAACCAGUUCAUAAUCAAGGCGUCUGGGCAAGUCUUCGUUCCAGCACCCGUUUGAUCAGCUCCCCAACAUCCCUCAUUGAUGUUGGUGCCAGGCUGGCAGGCAAGGACCAUUCAGCCUCCUUCAGUAACAGCACCUACCUACAAAACCAGCUCUCGAAACGACAAGCCGCCCUUUAUAUAUUUGGUGAAAAGUCGCAGCUAAGGAGCUCAAAGGUAGAAUUUGCUUUCAACUGUGAAUUUGUUCCUGUUGAGUUCCAUGAAAUCCGACAAGUGAAAGCCAGUUUUAAGAAGCUGAUGAGGGCUUGUAUCCCAAGCACCAUCCCUACAGACUCGGAAGUGACGUUCCUGAAGGCCCUGGAAGAUUCUGAGUGGUUCCCACAGCUUCACAGGAUAAUGCAGCUGGCUGUGGUGGUGUCAGAAGUGCUUGAGAACGGGUCUUCAGUUUGGGUGUGUUUAGAAGAAGGCUGGGAUAUCACUACACAAGUGACAUCCCUAGUACAGCUACUCAGUGACCCCUUCUACAGGACAAUAGAAGGCUUCCGGAUGUUGGUUGAAAAAGAAUGGCUCUCUUUUGGUCAUAAGUUCAGCCAGCGCAGCAGCCUGGCCCUUAACUCUCAGGGCAGUGGUUUUGCUCCCAUCUUCUUGCAGUUCUUAGACUGCGUGCACCAGGUUCACAACCAGUAUCCAACUGAGUUUGAAUUCAAUCUCUAUUACCUAAAGUUCUUGGCUUUCCAUUAUGUGUCUAAUCGCUUUAAAACAUUUCUCCUGGAUUCAGACUAUGAAAGACUAGAGCAUGGAACUCUGUUUGAUGACAAAGGUGACAAGCAUGCCAAGAAAGGCGUCUGUAUCUGGGAGUGCAUUGACAAGAUGCACAAGCGGAGCCCCGUUUUCUUCAAUUACUUAUACUCACCAGUGGAAAUAGAGGCCCUGAAGCCUAAUGUAAAUGUCUCCAGCCUAAAGAAGUGGGAUUACUACACAGAAGAGACCCUGUCUGCAGGUCCUUCAUAUGACUGGAUGAUGCUGACCCCCAAGCAUUUUCCCUACGAGGAGUCAGAUGUAGCUGGAGGAGCUGGGCCCCAGAGUCAGAGGAAAACAGUGUGGCCAUGCUAUGAUGAUGUGACCUGCAGCCAGCCAGAUGCCCUCACAAGACUUUUCAGUGAAAUUGAAAAAUUGGAGCAUAAAUUGAAUCAAACUCCUGAGAAAUGGCACCAGCUAUGGGAAAAAAUUACCAUGGACCUCAAGGAAGAGCCAAGAACAGAUCACUCCCUAAGGCACUCGUCAAGGUCCCCAGGAAUUGCAUCUACCAAUGUGCCUUCCUAUCAGAAGAGGCCUGCGCUGCACCGCAGCCCGACAGAGGAUCAAAGUACCACCACCGCCCCGUCCAAUGGCGUAGAGCACAGGGCGGCCACCCUUUACAGCCAGUACACAUCCAAGAACGACGAGAACAGGUCCUUUGAAGGAACAUUAUACAAAAGAGGGGCCUUGCUGAAGGGGUGGAAACCCCGCUGGUUUGUCUUAGAUGUAACCAAACACCAGCUUCGAUACUAUGACUCGGGGGAAGACACCAGCUGUAAAGGCCACAUUGACCUGGCUGAGGUAGAAAUGGUCAUCCCUGCCGGCCCCAGCAUGGGAGCCCCAAAGUACACAAGUGACAAGGCUUUCUUUGAUCUCAAGACCAGCAAGCGAGUGUACAACUUCUGUGCCCAGGACGGGCAGAGCGCCCAGCAGUGGAUGGACAGGAUCCAGAGCUGCAUCUCCGAUGCCUGAUGCCCGUGACCACACAAGCACGAGAGGCAGAGGAGCAGCCUCAUCUGCCUGACAGACAGGGCGAUGGGGUUACCCUGUCCCCUCCUGAAGCAAUCGCCUUGUCACACAGGUCUGGGAAGGAGCCCUGGCCCUCUCCCUGCCCUGUGCAUCCCCACAGGAUUUAAGUGGCUGGGGCUCAGAGAUGCCUCCGGACGUGCUGCUGCCACCUCCUAGGCAAGGUGGCUCCCCCGCCUGAGUCCUCAGUGAAGGCCAUAACGUCCUUUGAGAACUUUUGACAACAGAAAUCCAAACCUCCAAAGGUCACCGUGCGUCUGCAGGCGUCUCCCAUUAGACACACCUGCUUUUACUGCCUGAUCUUCGAGAAGCUCAGUUCCCUGGUGCUGCCAAAGGGUGCUUUCCUGGGCCCUGCCCGGGAGCUUCACUCCUCAGUGGCAGGCAGAGAGGGUUGCAACAGUGGCACAGUAUGACCUGGGUCAGUGCAGCAAACACUGCUUCAAACCCCCAGGCUCUGAGGACACAGCACCUGGGUCCCCUGUUCCUGACAGCUUUCUGUAAAGUAACAAGCAGGAGCAAAGAGUGCAACCCCACAGAACACUAGCACUGAACUAACCAGGAACCAGUUGGAUAAACAGACCAGCUGCUGCCAGCACAAGUGGGACAAGGCCAGACAACCAGAUGGCACUGCUGGUGAGAAGAGCUGCUCUCACAGUCUCCCAACUACGACAACCUUGUUUUCCUAAGGCUGAAACUCAAGGGCGCUGUUCCCCUGUGGUGAGCCUGAGCGGCUGCAGCUGCCACUGGGCCCCGUGGCUUGGUCAGUGUGUCUGUCUGUGAAAUGUUAAUAUGUUAGAUACAAACUAAUAUUUCAAAAUAUGUAUAUAUGAUUUCUACAUAAUGAUUUUUCAGAUAGCCUGCUUAUAAUUUAAUAUAAAAAUAACUAAACUGAUUCAUAAGAUUUUAGUAAUAAAAGGUUGUUUCCUUUUUAAAUAAAAAACUACUUUGUAGAUUAAAAUAAAAUUUUCAAAUUAAAAGUUAUCAACACACUAGAAAAUAGAACUGUAUUAAUAUAUAAGAAAUUGGGAAAUAAAAAUGAAGGAGUUUUUUAUCAUUCAUUUUAUAAAUUUGCCACCUGUGGAAAUGGUUUUUGCACAUUAUUUGUAUUUUCUUUGUAUAUGAAAUAAUUUUUGUAAGCUCUGGAGUCAUUGUGCUUUCAGCUCUUUGUGGCUGCGCCCUCUACUGCUUUUGUAACUGGAUUCUUUGAACUCCAUGACGGCAUUGUGUGCCGGAUACGCACUAACCACCCAGAAUUAAAUGUAUUUCUUAAGAAAAAGAA